CUGUUCCCAUAGUAACGCGGUUGUGUACAAUGUGCGCUCUCUACGUCUAGUCAAGUCCCAUGUAUGCUGCGCCGGGGGUUCUAUGCAGAUGUACCCAGUUAUUCUGCACUGUGUCACACGAUGGCAGUACAGUAAGGAGUCCUGACCGCCGGCGUGGUGAUUUGACGUCCCGGAUGAAUGUGGACUACGUCUCUAGUGUUCUUUGUUUCAGUGUUUUUUGCACUCUGAGACCACCUAAGCAGUGUUCCUGAAGCACAUCGCGUAUGCCAGAAUAUUUCAAUUCAAAAUGGAAACCGAAGUGGAACUUUCAAAGCCCUCAAUCAGGGAAAAACUCAACAUCUACAACAUCCUUCCUCCAAUAUCCCCCAUGCCACCUGAAGCCCCCCAGGAAGAAAUGUCUCAGUACGACGAGAAGAAUGCGACCAGAAUUAAAGAGCACAGCAAGCUGAUCAAGUACAGGAAAAGCCGUCAGCAGCGGCAGCUCCUUGAUAAGAUCCUCAUUGACCGUGCUCUCCAGGCCUAUGAACAGACGGUUGAAGAAAAUGAACGGAAAAUAAUCGCUCCUUUCCCACCAGAACUUCCUUCGACGAUGAACAGUGAGCUACGACAACAAAGGUUAAACUAUCUGUUUUUGAAGAGAUGCGUCGAGAACUACCCUUUAAUCCCUGUCAGUCCUGAAUGGCUGGACUCGGUGCUCUCCCGGAUUCCUGGUCGCUUGAGAGAAGGAAAAGAGAAGCAGAACCUGAUCCAAAAUCUGUUCCAGGAAGUUGCAGAAAAUUUUGAAAAUGGCAUGAAGACCUGUCUAGUGAGCAGUGCCCUUGUGAAGCCUGAUAUUAAAGGUCUGGAGUCUGAAGUGUCAAACCUGCCUGAGGAAGACCCAGAAGGACUCGAUUUUGCUGUUCCUUGGCAUGACACGUUUAUAAGCUGCAGAGAAGAGAUGAGGACAAAUCUGCACAUUCUCCACCCAGCCAUGAGGAUGAUUCUGGACAUGGGCUACAUGACCUUCUCCAAGAUGUUGCUGGUGGACGUGUCCAGUUACAGGAGUCAGGGGCCAGUGGAGUGUGAAUCCCUGAAGAAUGAUGUGGUUCUGCAGAGUGAAAAAAUGGAAGAGAAGAUCAUGAAUUCCUGGUACCCGAAAGUGAUUCAUCUGCUCACCGAGAAAGACACGUUAAAAGAAAUCAAACAAGACCGACUCGAAUCUUUUUUGAACUGCGCCUCCGCUCUGCUGUCCAAUCAGUUAAAAGCCCUCAUUGUAAAAACCGUUGAGGCCUACGUGAAUCUGUUCGAGCCUUUAAAUCUCGACGAGGUGCCGCUGUUUAAAAUGCAGCUGACCUUCGAUGACGAGAAGAUGGAGUUCUACCCAAGCCUGCAAGAUUUAGAAGAAACGGUGUUGUUCGUGUUACGCCGCAUCACAAACACAAUGCAGAAAGUUCAAACUGUGACAUCUUGGCUUUCAGAAGGAAAUGCCAUUGAAGUCCUGGAUGCCAAGCUUGACAAUGACAUCUUGAAUUGGGCCUUGUCAACUUUAAGCAGCUCGGUCAAAAAGAACGUCAAGGGUCCGAGCGAACACCUGAAGAGCUACGUGAAUAGAUAUGAUUGGCUAGUAAACGGCACUGCUCUGAAUCGCGUUGAAAAAUUUUUAGCAGAGAAUCGCACAUUUGACGAAUGCACCAAGUUUAUUGAAGAGUUUCACGUGCUGGCCAAAGAAAUCUCAAGCCUGCCCACACUGGCAAUUUUUGAAAUUAUUCACUUGAACUGUGACGACCUGAAACAGGGCCUGGCGCAAAAGGCCAACAGCUUCGCCAACACCCUGUUACAGAUGCUUGUCACACGAUUCCGAACAGAAAAUGAAAACAUUUGUAAUUGCUAUGAAACAAUCAAAGAAAAAAUCCUGAAGCAACCAGAUUCAACUGAAGAAAUGAUGGAAAUAAUCGCUUAUGUGGAUCGUGUGAAACGUGUUGACAUUCGAGCGCUCAAUGAGAGGAUAACGGAAUCACACCGCAGACUGAAUUACCUGGUGGACGUGCAUUUAUUUUCUCAAGAAGACCUGAAAUUAAACUCAACUGUGCUUUUGUGGCCCGAAAAGAUCAAUCCUAUAUUUGAUCGCAAUGAAGAGGUGAUCCAAGAGGCAAAGCGCAAAGGAGAAAGCGAACUCUACAGCAAGCGAGAGAAGGUGAUGGUGGAGCUGGAGAAGCUGUCUCGCCGCAUGGAGGAUUUUGCCGACUACUCUGAACUGGAAAUGAUGCAGCAGUAUGUGAAUGACGCAAGGAAUGUGCAGAAACACUUGCAAGAGGCCGAAGAUAUGAUUGCAUUUAUUAAUAAGGAGGAAGGUCUUUACAAAUGGGAUCAGACAAACUACCCGGAGUUGGACACUCUGAAAGUGAAUAUCGAACCGUAUCAGAAACUGUUUGGGACGAUCCUGAAAUGGCAGAAAUCUGAGAAAAGAUGGAUGGAUGGUGCGUUCUUAGACCUAAAUGGUGAGACGAUGGAAGGAGAAGUGGACGAAUUCUUCCGAGAAGUCUUCAAGAUGCUCAAGUUUUUUGAACAAAAGCAGAAGAAGGCUGAGCAGGAGAUGCAGAAGGCCCCUCGUAAACACCUUCCUGGAGCUGAGGAAGACGUGGUAGAAGAGAAGAAGGCCCUGCCUGCUGUCCAGAUGUGCAGCGUGGUCAUUGAGCAAGUCAAAGAGUACAAGAAUCACGUCCCACUUGUGGCCAUCCUUUGCAACCCUGGAAUGAGACCUCGCCACUGGGACCAGAUGUCGGCAAUCGUUGAGUAUGACUUGACUCCAAACUCUGGGACGACCCUGAGGAAGGUGCUGAAGUACAAUCUUGGUCCAUACUUGGACAAAUUUGAAACGAUCAGUGCGGCUGCCAGCAAGGAGUUCUCACUGGAGAAAGCCAUGCACGUUAUGAUGGAUGUCUGGGUGAAUGUCUUCUUCAAUACCAGCCCUUAUCGAGAGUCUGGAGUUUCCAUUCUGUCCGCUGUUGACGAGAUUCAGUCGAUUCUCGACGAUCAAAUUGUCAAGACGCAGACAAUGAGGGGAUCUCCAUUUAUUAAGCCAUUUGAAGCUGAAAUCAAGGAAUGGGAAGAACGUUUAAUACGUAUCCAAGAAACUAUUGAUGAAUGGCUGAAGGUUCAGGCUCAGUGGCUUUAUCUGGAGCCCAUCUUCUCUUCAGAGGACAUCAUGCAGCAGAUGCCUGAGGAAGGUCGUCUCUUUCAGGGUGUGGACCGACAGUGGAAAGAAGUGAUGAGGCACUGCGUCAAAGACCCCAAGGUCAUGGCAGCCACUUCUUUGACUGGCCUUCUGGAAAAACUACAGGAAAGCAACAUCAUUCUUGAAAAAAUCAUGAAAGGUCUGAAUGCUUACUUGGAAAAGAAGCGGCUCUUCUUUCCACGGUUUUUCUUCUUGUCCAAUGAUGAAAUGCUGGAGAUUUUAUCUGAGACUAAAGACCCACUGAGAGUCCAGCCUCACCUGAAGAAGUGCUUUGAAGGCAUUGCAAAGCUCGAGUUCCUGCCCAACCUGGACAUCAAGGCCAUGUAUAGUAGUGAAGGCGAAAGAGUGGAGCUCAUUGAGCUCAUUUCGACAUCCGAGGCCAGAGGAGCGGUGGAGAAAUGGCUCCUUCAGCUGGAAGACGUCAUGCUGCGAAGUGUUCAGGAUGUCAUUGCCCGAUCCAGAUUGACUUACGCUGAGAGCGCCAGGAAGGAGUGGGUGAAGGAAUGGCCUGGGCAAGUAGUGCUCUGUACAUCUCAGAUGUUCUGGACAAUUGAAGUUCAUGAAGCCAUUAAAAGUGGACCUCAGGGUUUAAAGAACUAUUAUGACCAUCUCCAAAACCAGCUUAAUGACAUCGUUGAGCUGGUCAGAGGGAAACUCCCCAAACAGACUCGCAUCACACUGGGCGCUUUGGUGACUAUUGAUGUGCAUGCCAGAGACGUGGUGAUGGAAAUGAUUGAGAAAGAUGUCUCCAAAGAAACCGACUUCCAGUGGCUUGCCCAGCUUCGUUAUUAUUGGGAGAAUGAUAACACCCGUGUCCGAAUCAUUAACUGUGAUGUCAAAUAUGCUUAUGAGUAUUUGGGAAACUCUCCACGAUUAGUGAUCACUCCUUUAACUGAUAGAUGUUAUCGUACAUUGAUCGGUGCAUUUUAUCUGAAUCUGGGUGGAGCUCCUGAAGGACCAGCAGGUACUGGAAAAACUGAGACCACUAAAGACUUGGCAAAGGCUCUGGCGGUGCAGUGUGUGGUUUUCAACUGUUCUGAUGGUUUGGAUUACCUGGCAAUGGGAAAGUUUUUCAAAGGGCUGGCAUCCUCCGGAGCGUGGGCCUGCUUUGAUGAGUUUAAUCGUAUUGAGCUGGAAGUGCUGUCGGUGGUAGCUCAGCAGAUCCUUUGCAUUCAGCGAGCAAUUCAGAUGAAGCUCAAGUUUUUCAACUUUGAAGGCACAGAACUGCAGCUAAACCCUAACUGCUUUGUGGCCAUCACAAUGAAUCCUGGGUAUGCGGGUCGAUCUGAACUUCCCGACAAUCUGAAGGUGCUGUUCCGCACCGUAGCCAUGAUGGUCCCGAACUACGCUCUCAUAGCUGAAAUCUCUCUUUAUUCGUAUGGAUUUCUUCAUGCCAAGCCGCUGUCUGUAAAGAUUGUCAUGACUUACAGGCUUUGCUCAGAGCAGCUCUCCUCACAGUUUCAUUAUGAUUAUGGUAUGCGAGCCGUCAAGGCCGUCCUGGUGGCAGCUGGAAACCUUAAACUGAAGUUUCCCGAUGAAAAUGAGGACAUUCUGCUUCUGCGCUCCAUCAAGGAUGUGAAUGAGCCCAAGUUCCUGUCCCACGACAUUCCCCUUUUCAAUGGGAUCACAAACGACUUGUUUCCUGGUAUCUCACUGCCAGUUGCAGAUUAUAAGCUUUUCCUAGCCUGUGCCAACGAGUGCUGUGCCAACCACAAUGUGCAACCAGUGACUAAUUUCCUGGAGAAAAUGAUCCAGACUUACGAAAUGAUGAUUGUCAGGCACGGGUUUAUGUUGGUUGGGGAGCCGUUUGCUGGAAAAACCAAAGUUUUGCACGUGCUGGCAGAUACUCUGUCUCUAAUGAAUGAGCGAGACUACGGAGGAGAGGAAAAGGUUAUUUUCAGGACUGUGAAUCCCAAGUCUAUUACGAUGGGACAGCUUUUUGGCCAAUUUGACCCUGUUUCACAUGAGUGGACUGAUGGAAUUGUCGCCAACACAUUCCGAGAGUUUGCUUCCGCAGAAACUCCUGACCGCAAGUGGGUUGUUUUUGAUGGACCAAUUGAUACUUUGUGGAUUGAGAGCAUGAACACCGUCUUAGAUGACAAUAAAAAGCUGUGCCUCAUGAGUGGGGAGAUUAUCCAGAUGUCUCCUCAGAUGAGUCUGAUUUUUGAAGCGAUGGACCUGUCCCAGGCCUCGCCCGCAACAGUGAGCCGCUGUGGAAUGAUUUAUAUGGAGCCCUCUCAGCUGGGAUGGAUGCCUAUCAUUGAAUCCUGGAUAAACACUCUUCCUGAGUCUUUCCAUCGUGAGGAGAUCAGGACUCUGCUCCUUGGACUUUUUGAGUGGAUUGUGCCUCCUUCACUUCGAUUUCUCCGAAAGCAAUGCAAGGAACUCGUUCCGACAACCAACAGUAACACUGUGGUGUCACUGACGCGGCUUUUCGAGAUGCUGAUUGCAGACUUAGUGAGAGAAGACCCUGAAAACAAAAACCUACGCUUCUGGACAAUGUCAGCUUUUGCAUUCUCAUUAAUCUGGUCCAUUGGAGGGAGCUGUGACACCGACAGCAGAAUAAAGUUUGAUGCCUUUUUAAGGGACCUUAUUGCUGGAAAAAAUGAAGAAUCGCCUCUCCCUGCCCCUGUCGGUAGAUGGGAAUGUCCAUUUGAGGAGAAAGGGCUGGUCUAUGACUACAGCUAUGAGUUCAGAGGUAGAGGACGCUGGCUACACUGGAAUGAAUCCAUUAAGAACAUAACCCUGGGUGACAAGAAUACUAAGGUCCAGGAUAUAAUCGUCCCCACCAUAGACACAAUCCGCUACACCUAUUUGAUGGAUCUUUGCAUUCAAUACGGAAAUCCUCUUUUAUUUGUUGGUCCCACUGGCACUGGCAAGUCCGUCUAUGUGAAAGACAAGCUGAUGAAUAAUCUGGACAAAGACAAGUACCUGCCCUUCUUCAUUAACUUCUCUGCCCGCACCAGUGCCAACCAAAUUCAGAAUAUUGUUAUAUCCAGGCUGGAUAAGAGACGCAAAGGUGUAUUUGGACCCCCAAUGGGGAAGAAGUGCAUCGUCUUCGUGGAUGACAUGAGCAUGCCAGCCUUGGAGACUUACGGUGCGCAGCCUCCAAUUGAGCUGCUCAGGCAGUUCUUUGAUCAUGGACACUGGUACGACCUGAAGGACACCAACAAGAUCUCGCUAGUCGACUUGCAGCUUCUUUCUGCCAUGGGUCCGCCAGGAGGAGGCAGAAACGCGGUGACGUCCAGAUUUCUCCGUCACUUUAUCAUCUGCAGUAUUAAUGCAUUUAGUGAUGAGACCAUGACCCGAAUCUUCUCAAACAUUAUGGGGUUUUACUUGAGGAACUAUGAAUUUCCACCUGAUUACUUUAAUAUUGGGAAUCAGAUAGUCACGGCUACAAUGGAUGUGUACAAAAAGGCAAUGCAGAAUCUGCUGCCCACUCCAGCCAAAUCCCAUUACACCUUUAAUCUACGAGACUUUUCCCGCGUCAUCCAGGGCUGCUUGCUCAUAAAGAAGGAAUCCGUAGAGAACAAGCGUGUCAUGAUCCGACUGUUUGUUCACGAAGUGCUGCGGGUUUUUUAUGACCGCCUUAUCGAUGAUACGGACAGGGCCUGGGUCUAUCAGCUCAUGAAGGACAUGCUGAAGGAGCACUUCAAGGAAAACUUCGAUUCUGUCUUUGAGCAUCUGAAGCAAGGGUCCACACCACUUUGUGAAGAAAAUAUGCGAAGUCUGCUAUUUGGAGACUACUUGAAUCCUGAUCUAGAAGGGGAUGAGAGGCUUUACAUGGAAGUGCCCUCCAUUGAGCAGUUCAACCAUAUUGUGGAGCAGUGCUUAGAAGAGUACAACCAGACGCACAAAGCAAGGAUGAAUCUCGUCAUAUUUAGGUACGUCCUGGAGCACCUGUCCAGAAUCAGUCGUAUUCUUAAGCAGCCUGGCGGCAACGCCCUUCUGGUGGGAGUGGGGGGCAGCGGACGACAGUCUCUCACCCGUUUAGCCACUGCAAUGGCCAAGAUGAGCAUCGUCCAGCCGGAAAUUUCCAAGAGUUAUGGGAUGAAUGAGUGGAAAGAGGACUUGAAGAGUCUGGUGCGUGGUGCAGGCGUGAAGGGUCAGAAGACGGUCUUCUUAAUUACCGACACGCAGAUUAAAGAUGAGGCUUUCCUGGAAGAUGUGGACAGUUUACUCAACACUGGUGAAGUUCCAAACUUGUUUGCUGUGGAUGAGAAGCAGGAAAUAAUGGAAUCAGUACGUCCCAUUGCCCAGGCAGGCAAUAAGAAUGCAGAGUUCAGCCCGCUUGCUCUGUUUGCUUUCUUUGUCAACCGUUGCAAAGAGAAUCUGCACGUGGUGGUUGCCUUCAGCCCCAUUGGCGAUGCAUUCCGCAAUCGUCUGAGACAGUUCCCUUCACUUAUUAACUGCUGCACCAUCGACUGGUUUCAGCCAUGGCCUGAGGAUGCUUUGGAAAGGGUGGCCAUUAAAUUUCUGGAGAUCAUUGAACUUGCAGACAAAGAGCGCCAGCAAGUCAUUUCAAUCUGCAAGCAUUUCCACACCUCUGCCAUUGAGCUGUCUGAGAAAUUUUUACAGCAGUUGGGCCGUCACAAUUACGUGACCCCAACGUCUUACCUGGAGCUGAUCGCGGCUUUUCGCCUCCUGCUGACUCAGAAGAGAGACAUGGUUAUGAAAGCGAAGUUAAGAUACACCAAUGGCCUGGACAAACUAGCCUUUGCUGAAUCACAGGUUAAUGAAAUGAAAAUAUACCUCGUAGAGCUACAGCCAAAGUUGGAGCAGUCGACAAUUGAAAACAGAGAGAUGAUGAAGAAUAUUGAAGUGGAAUCGGCAACAGUGGAGUCGGAGAGUAAAAAAGUGCAAGUAGAUGAAGAGGCCGCAUCUGCUAAAGCUGAGGAAGCCCAGUCUCUGAAGAACGAGUGCGAGACCGAGCUGGCCAAGGCGAUGCCAGCCCUGGAGGAGGCCCUGGCCGCGCUGGAUACUCUGAAGCCAUCGGAUAUUACCAUCGUGAAGUCAAUGAAGAAUCCUCCAUCUGGUGUCAAGCUUGUGAUGUCUGCUGUGUGUGUAAUGAAGGACAUUAAGCCGGAAAAGAUUAACGAUCCUACAGGGAGUGGGCAAAAGAUUCUAGAUUACUGGGGGCCAAGCAAGAAGCUGCUGGGAGAUAUGAAUUUCCUGAAGGACCUGAAGGAGUACGACAAGAACAAUAUUUCCGUACCCAUAAUGGUAAAGAUCCGUGGGGAAUACAUCACCAAUCCAGACUUUGACCCGGCAAAGGUGGCAAAGGCCUCUUCAGCAGCUGAGGGCUUGUGCACUUGGAUUCUGGCCAUGGAGAAAUAUGACAGGGUGGCAAAGGAGGUCGCCCCGAAAAAAGCUCGACUGGAUGAAGCUCAGCGCUCGUUGGCUGAGACCGAGGCCAUCCUUACUCUGAAAAGGGCCGAAUUAAAAGUGAUCAAGGAUCGACUGGCUGAUUUGCAAAGGAUCUUCAAAGAGAAAUCGGAUGAGAAGGCAAAACUGGAAUAUGAGGUUGACCAGUGUGGCAAGAAACUCGUGAGGGCAGAGAAGCUGAUCGGUGGACUAGGAGGAGAAAAGACGAGAUGGUCAAAAGCUGCAGAAGACCUUCAGGGCACCUAUGAUAACCUGACUGGCGACGUGUUGAUAUCAGCGGGCGUCAUAGCCUACCUUGGGGCUUUCACUGCAGCCUUUCGUCAGGAGUGCACCAAGUCCUGGACCGACCUUUGCAAGUCUAAAAAAAUUCCAUCUUCUGAUGACUUUUCUCUGAGUAAGAUUCUUGGGGAUCCAAUUAUGAUUCGAGCCUGGAACAUCGCUGGACUUCCAACAGACAACUUCUCCAUUGACAACGGGGUGAUCGUGAGCAACUCGCGGCGCUGGCCUUUAAUGAUCGACCCUCAAGGGCAAGCCAACAAAUGGGUGAAGAAUUCAGAGAAGGAGAAAAACCUGAGCGUCAUCAAGCUGACGGAUGCCGACUACAUGCGUAUCCUCGAGAACUGCGUCCAGUUUGGCACUCCUCUUCUUCUGGAAAAUGUCGGCGAAGAACUUGACCCUUCCUUAGAGACCCUGUUGCUGAAACAGACGUUUAAGCAAGGUGGUGUAGACUGCAUCAGGCUGGGAGAAAGUGUUAUCGAGUAUUCUCCCGAUUUCCGCUUUUAUAUUACAACCAAGCUGAGAAAUCCACAUUAUUUACCAGAAUUAGCCACAAAAGUGUCCCUGCUCAACUUCAUGAUCACACCUGAAGGUUUGGAGGACCAACUGCUAGGCAUUGUCGUUGCAAAGGAGAGGCCCGAACUGGAAGAUGAAAGAAACGCCCUGAUAUUACAGUCUGCUGCUAACAAGAAACAACUGAAGGAGAUAGAAGACAAAAUCCUGGAGACUCUACAGUCAUCAGAAGGCAACAUUUUGGAGGACGAGACUGCCAUCAAGAUCUUGGAUGAAGCUAAAGUCAUGUCGAAUGAGAUCAGCAAAAAGCAACAGAUUGCAGAGAAGACCGAAAUAAAAAUUGCUGAAUCAAGAGAGGGGUAUCGGCCCAUCGCUCGACACUCUUCUGUCUUGUUCUUCAGUAUCGCUGAUCUGGCUAACAUCGAUCCCAUGUACCAGUACUCCUUGACCUGGUUUGUUAACUUGUACAUAAACUCCAUUCAGGACAGCAACAAAUCUAAGAUUUUGGAAAAAAGACUGCGCUAUUUAAACGACUACUUCACUUAUAACUUGUACUGCAACGUCUGCCGCUCCCUCUUUGAAAAGGAUAAGCUGCUCUUCUCUUUCCUGCUGUGCUGCAACCUGCUGAUGGCCCGAAACGAAAUUGAUUAUCAGGAGUUCAUGUUCCUUCUCACUGGUGGGGUUGGCCUCCAAAACAACCUGAGCAAUCCGGACCCUUCAUGGCUGCUUGACAAAAGCUGGGAUGAGAUCUGCAGAGCCAGUGACCUGCCUUCGUUUAAGGGUCUAAGAGAGCAUUUCCACAAGACUCCAAAAGAUUUUGCUCCAAUGUACGACAGUAAGGAGCCAUACAACGUUCCACUGCCGAAGCCCUGGAAUGAAAAACUUAAUGACCUCCAAAAGAUGAUCGUUUUACGAUGUCUCAGACCUGAUAAGAUUGUUCCUGCCAUCACAAAUUACGUGACGGAUAAGCUGGGCAAGAAGUUUGUGGAACCGCCUCCCUUUGAUCUUUCUAAGAGUUACACAGAUUCAAACGCUGUGAUCCCACUUGUGUUUAUUCUGUCUCCUGGUGCCGAUCCCAUGGCCAGUUUGCUGAAGUUUGCAAAUGAUAAAUACAUGGGCGGAAACCGAUUCCAGGCCAUUUCACUGGGCCAGGGGCAGGGUCCGAUUGCUGCCAAGAUGAUCCAGGGGGCCAUGAAAGAGGGGACCUGGGUGUGUCUGCAGAACUGCCACCUGGCUGUGUCAUGGAUGACAACCCUGGAGAAGAUCUGUGAGGAGCUCAACCCUGAGGCUUGCAAUGCAGACUUCAGACUCUGGCUAACAAGCUAUCCUUCUCCCAAGUUCCCGGUCACCAUCCUGCAGAAUGGAGUGAAGAUGACUAACGAACCCCCCACAGGUCUAAGGAUGAACAUGAUGCAGUCGUACCUCAGUGACCCCAUCUCCGAUCCGGAAUUUUUUAGCGGAUGUGACAAAAAAGAAAUGAUUUGGGAGAAGCUGCUCUAUGGACUUUGCUUCUUCCACGCACUGGUCCAGGAACGAAAAAAGUUUGGGCCGCUUGGCUGGAACAUCCCCUAUGGAUUUAAUGAGUCUGACUUGCGGAUCAGCAUCCGACAGCUCCAGCUCUUCGUCAACGAAUACGAGCAUGUCCCAUUCGAGGCUAUCACCUACCUGACCGGGGAGUGUAACUACGGUGGGCGAGUCACCGAUGACUGGGACCGACGGCUACUUUUGACACUUCUGGAUAAUUUCUACAACCCACAAAUCAUUGAAAACCCUCGCUACUCCUUUUCUGCCAGCGGCAACUACUGCUCCCCACCAAAGGGCACUUAUGAGGAUUAUAUUGAGUUCAUUAAGAACCUCCCUUUCAGCCAGCAUCCAGAAGUGUUUGGGAUGCACGAGAAUGUGGACAUUUCCAAGGACCUGCAGCAAACCAAGAUUCUCUUCGACUCCCUGCUCUUGACUCAAGGGGGCAGCCGUCAGGGAGGCUCGUCUGGCGGAGGAGACAACACCUUAAACGACAUUGCCAAGGACAUCCUUACAAAGCUUCCAAAAGAUUUUGACAUUGAAGCUUCUCUAGCAAAGUACCCAGUGAGAUAUGAAGAGAGCAUGAACACUGUGCUAGUGCAGGAAAUGGAGAGAUUCAACAACUUAAUCCGAACCAUACGUGUCAGUCUUCAGAACCUGCAGAAGGCCAUUAAAGGACUGGUGGUCAUGGACUCUGAGUUGGAGGCCAUCGCUGGCGGCCUUCUUGUUGGGAAGGUGCCAGAGAGAUGGGCCAAGCGGUCGUAUCCUAGUUUGAAACCCCUGGGAAGCUACAUCAAUGACUUUCUUGCCAGACUCAAAUUUCUACAGGACUGGUAUGACAAAGGAAAGCCCGUGGUUUUCUGGGUCUCCGGCUUUUUCUUCACUCAAGCCUUCCUCACUGGAGCGAUGCAGAAUUACGCCAGGAAGUACACAAUCCCAAUCGACCUUUUAGAAUUUGACUUUGAGGUUCUCCCCACUGACACAUCUAAGACGGCUCCUGAAGAUGGCGUCUACAUUCAUGGCCUGUUCUUAGACGGAGCGCGCUGGGACAAGAAAACCGGAUUUCUGGGGGAGCAGUUUCCUAAAGUGCUCUUUGAUGCAGUGCCAAUCAUCUGGAUCAAGCCAAAAAAGAGGGACGCUAAAAAGAAUAAGACCUCCUACGUGUGCCCCCUGUACAAAACGAGUGAGCGUCGAGGGACCCUGUCCACCACUGGCCACUCCACCAACUUCGUCAUCGCCAUCCUGCUCCCGAGUGACCGGCCGGUGCAGCACUGGAUCAAGAGGGGUGUGGCCCUGCUCUGCCAGCUCGACGACUAGCCCCACCCCCUGACACCUGCCGGACGGGCAUACGGGCAGAGACCGCCGUUCUUCAAGUGUCCGUCCUGUCCUGUGUACGCGUGGUCAGCGUGCAGCUCAGACACUCUUGUUAUUUAUUGUGAGUCUUCGCUUACAUUAAACGUUU